AUGAACCAUGUUUUGGAUCAAAGUGAGAGUAUUGGUCCUUCGAUACAACCCACACGUUACGAAGAUGACCUUCACAUGAACGGCGGCGGCUCUCUGUCCACUCAAACGGGGGACAGAGAUGGCGAAUCUUCUUCCUCUGCACUCCAACCACAACUACCUGAUACAACGCAAAACAGGCAAGACUGGAACAUGUCGGGUGAUUUGAACGAGGUUCCUUAUCUCCUGGAAUACGAUUUUUCCUUCGACUACGAUGUUAGCAACUUGUUCGCCAUGGACUUGGAUUGGAACGCACUGGUCGAACCUAGCUUUGCUCCUCCAAGCGAGUUUACUUCCGUCUCGGGUGACAACCAGAAUCAAGACGUUUCUCAUGCCCCGCCAACCUCACGAGCAGUCUUGGGUCAUGAGGCUUUCAAGCGUUCGCCGUGGGUGUGGCAAGCCGACUCUCAUGACUCGGCAGACGUAGAGGAGGCUCCUCACCUUUCCAAAGCUCAGGAGAAGCUACUAUUGCCUCGAUUUCUCCUAGACAGAAACUCGGUGACUUCAAUGGCAAUUCCACCUACGAUGGGAGACAGUGCUAGAGAUGCCAUACUCUUGCUGGUGCAGCGGAACUCGGGGCCCACCACAACCGUUCAAUCGUUCCCCUCUGUACAAACAUUAAACUUUCUGUUGAUGAAUUUUUUGUUCCGGGAGAAAGAUGAGGGUUGUCCCUUUAUCCACAUGCCAUCCUUGGUCCCAGACAAGUGCCGGCCAGAGUUACUGACGGCCAUGAUCGCAGCUGGGGCUGUGACUGUCGGCAUCGACCAGAUCUGGAGGUUGGGGUUGGCCUUCCAGGAGAGGACCAGGAUGGCUCUCUUUCACGCCAUGGACACGGAUAGCUCACUCCCUCGAAAUCUGGACGUCGUCCGGGCUUCCCUUCUCUGGAUCGAGACUGGCUUGUGGUGUGGCUCGGGUAGGAAGAUGGAAGUGGCUGAUUCAGCUGCGAAUAACAUGCUCCGUCGAGCUGGUGUUUUGUACGCCGGCUUUUAUGAAACCGAAACUGCCCCCCUUACAAGCGACAACGGUGACGUGCUCAAGACGAAAUGGUUGAAAUGGGUGAAAUUGGAAUCCUUCAAACGGUUGGCACUUCGCGCCUUGAUGAGCGACGUACAGAGUGCCAUGGCCAGCAUGCGAAGUACAACUUUCUCCAGCACCGACAUCAAUUUUGCCCUACCUGCUUCCCGAGAUUUGUGGGACGCUUCGAGUGCCAGAAAGUGGAAAACGCUUGUGCUCGCGAAAAAGGAUUCAUUAGAAACCACUCCCACCCUCACCUUGAUGGACAUAAUCCAAGAUCCCUGGAAGUUGAGGACUUGUGGGGACAAUUAUGACCGCGUUCUCUCCAUCACCGCGGCGUUGUAUUGCCUUUGGCCUCAGGUGGCAUCUUUCUUGGACAGCCGAGCUCUGCAAAGAUCAUUGACGACCGCCGACAAGCCGCCGGCUUCCUCGAGUCCAAUGUGGCUCGAAGCCCAACGGCAAGAUCUGUAUCAAAGGUUGUCCAGCCUACGAGAGCUGGCGAGAUCCAUCGACUCGUUGACCGCCGACGUCCACAUGGCGUGUGAGUUGUUUUCCAUGUCCCUGUUUGUGUCACCGAUCGACACUCAAAAGUUUGUGGGUCGUUGUGGUGCGGAAGAAUCUCAAGUCGUCGCACCGAGUCUUCAGUACUGGGCCGAGAGUGAUGAACGUCGUUACGCCAUGUGGCACGCAGGUCAGGUCCUACGAGCGGCAAGAAACAUGAUCCCUGCGCACAUUCAAGGGUUCCGUGCGAUUUCCGUGUAUCAAGCUUGCCUAACACUCGCAUUGCCACAUUUAUUGUCUGGGUCCGGUCGACAACCGCUGGUUAGGUCUGGUGAAAUGAUGAUGGAGCGUGACAUGACCGGUGGGAAUCAACAAACAACAGCAUCAGCGUUACCGUGUUCAACGGAUGUCAUGACCACGGGUAAACUUGUCAUAUUGAACGACGAAGAAGGUAUACAAUCCAAAUCUUACUUGUCGUCUAGAGGAGGUCAUCAAACCCCGGCAUUACUCGUCAGCGGUGGUCGAGUUCAACCGAUCUCGAACGUGGAGAUGAUUGCCAAUACCAUGGCGGGAAUCUUUCGUGACAAUCACCGACGCGGCUCAUCAUCCACCACCAACAAUUCUACUCUUCCGCCUCUCCUGGAAAGAUUGAUUGCUCUGUUGACGGAGUUGAGUAAAGCUACAUAG